AGGAAUGUCACUCAAAGAGCGUCACCAUGGCGACGCGUCAUAGAGAUGCAAAAGAAAACAAUCAUAAAUCAUCAAAAACGUUCGCGGCAGGUGCGACACAUUAACCACUCUUCAUUGAAGUUAAACCUCUGAUCUGAAUAAUAUAGCACUUUUUGGCAGGUCAAAUUCGCGAUUUUUUAUCAUUAGUUUGAAAGGGAAUACCGGCGCAAGAAUUGGAGUUUUAAUCUUAAUAUACAUUUGUAUAAAAAAAUACAUUUGCAGGUAUAAGUCUGUAUUUAGGCUACAAGCUCGUGUUUAAAUGUAUUGAUGUGUAGAUUUAUAGAUAAUAUGAUAUUGAGACGUGUUUAAACGAUUCAUUCUUUAAACGAGUUUUACAAAUAUCAGCUGGGGAUCAAAGAGUUUUUGGAAGUUUAUUUGGACAUCUUCCACGUACGAAGUCAUGUCACCUGCUGAUGUAUGGGUGGGUUCUUGGAGACCCCAUAGGCCAAGGGGUCCCAUCGCUGCUAUGUAUAAUAGUCCAGGGCCAACCUAUGCUCUUCCUGGAGCAACCGGAAUGAACAACCAUGAUCCACGGAUGCAGAAAAACCCUGCGUUCAGCUUCGGCAUCCGUCAUCGUGAUUUGCGGUUUAACUCUUCCCCGGGACCAGGGUACCUCGUUCCAUCCAACAUCACCAGGGUGGGUCGGGACGGAACCCCUGCUUACUCUGUCUACGGCCGGCGCAAAGACCUUCAGCCCUUUCAAACCCCUGGACCAGGUCUUACACAACACACACACACACAACUACGUUGUGUAGUGAUGCUAAAGGUUACAAAAGGCUAUUUUACCAUUUCAGGCAGUUACUCUCCGGAAAACUCAACUAAGAAAGUGUUUUACGCCGCACCUGCUUUCUCACUGUCUGCAAGGACUAAAUUGUUCCGUAAUGACCAGACACCAGGACCGGCCGCAUACAUGCUUCCCCCAGUGUUAGGGCCAAAUGUUGUGAAUAAAUCAGCCGCCCCGAACAUCUCCCUCAGCGGCCGUAGCGCUAUCGGAAGUUUCCACGAGGAUUUACGGAAGACUCCAGGUCCCGGGACGUACCAAGUAGUGGAUUCUGGUCUGUACAAACACAAGGCACCUCAGUAUAGUAUGACUGGGCGGAACCUCAUGCCGGGGGACACCACCAGGAGACCAGGACCUGGAGCCCACCAUCCUGAAAGGGUCCAUACAAAAACCAUUGGACCUAAUAUCAUACUAUAUUGUUAUCUCACUGAGGCAAGUCCACUAAAUUGUUUUGUGUCUCUUCACAGGUGA